AGCUCACAUGGAAUUUUUCCGGUCCGGCUUGUCUCCAAGUCCCUCCAACAGACGACGUGCUGCAGAAGAAAAUGAAAACUGCCAAGAAGAAGAAAACUCAGACAACCAGGACCGUAACCAGUUUUCAUACUACUUCAUGUUGAGGACUGGUAAAGUUCUGGAUUUAAACAUUGCUCAACAAACUAAAAACUUUAUAUUCAGAGUGAGGGGCAGCAAGGAAGAUAUCAGUGUAAGGAGUAAAGAGGUUCAGAUGUUCUAUGGAUACAUGACCAAGAGAAUAGGAGAUUUUCCUCAUUUUGAGGGUUGGAAACAAGAGUCAGUUGAUGAUGUGGUGGUGGGUAUGGAAAGGUUUGUCAUGGUUAACAUUUAUGCGAACGUUUUUAAUCCUCCGAUGGAUAGAGGUAAGAACGAUACUUUAGACAGUAAAAUCAGAUCAUUGCACUGGAUUCUUCCCAAACAUCUAGAUUUCAGCCUGCCCAGUGAUAAUGAAAACUCAGAUCGCCAACUGGCACUAGCACAAUACUAUCUCCUAGAGCUGAAUAAAAAGCGAAGUCCCCAUGAUAAGAUAGCUUGUAUUGUUCUGUGCUGCAAAGCACUUCAUGAGUUGUUCAACCUGGCUCACGAUAAAGCAGCUGGAGCAGACGAACUCCUCCCCAUGUUGAUAUACACGAUCAUAGUGGCAGCACCUCCCAACUUAUUCGCUACUACUCAGUAUAUCGACCGGUUCCUCCCCCAAGAGAAACUUACCAGCGGUGAGAUGGCCUACCAUUUUACCAAUAUUUGUUGUGCCCUCCAGUUCCUUGAAAACAUAACUCCUGAUCAACUUUCGUUGGCAGCUGAAGAGUUUGAUCACUUCAUGGAGGGACACAGUUCCCAUUUAGAGGAGGCUCUCUCCACCAAGUUUGCUAGUGGACUCCUGGACAAUAUCAACAGGGUGAAGGAAUGCGAAGAAAAGGUGAAACAGUUGCAGUCAUAUCAUGGGAAAUUGAGGGAUAACACGGAGAAGUUACAGAUUGAUAUCACCCAACAUAAGGCUCAAGUUAAUAAGUCUUUAGCAGAUAUGAGAGCUAAGUUUUCGUCUCUGGAGGAGGAAAUGGCGAAGUUGUUGAGCAGUUGAAAUUGGUGUGUUUUAGAUGCCAAAGUUUUUAGUUAUGCUUAAUAUUUUGAAUCUUAAAUGAUGUUAGUUAGAUUCCUUAAUAAUUAUCUUCAGCCCCAAAUCUGAUACCUGAUUUUUACUUUUUGGUAGCUUAUAACUUUAUAAAGCUUGCAUUUUGUAGAACUGAGAGUUAUUCAAUCAGCAGAGCAAUGAUAAUACAAUCUGACAAAAUGUUAUUUACUUAAUUAUGUCGAGUCUUGAUUAUAUUUAUAUACAUUUUUGCACAUCUUGAAGGUUUAGGGUUUCGGAUUUUAAUCUAGAUGAUGUUAGCUUUAAAAUAGUCUGUGAGUCAGUACGUACUGCUAUAUAAAUACUGUACAUUCGAAUGUCAAUCGUUGUUGGUGUAAACUUGAGCUAAUUUUCUUUUCUGUACUUGGCAGAACGUCUGUGAUGGUGCUAUGAUGAUAUUAUGAUGAUGUGAUUAUUUGUGAUUGAAUUUUUUAAAGUUUGAUGUUAUCACAAACCGAUGACUUAUUUGAAUUCCCGAUUGAAAUUAAUUUUUGUGAACUAAAAUGAUUUUAAUUUUGAGGAAAUUUAAAUUGAAGUACUAAAUUCUGUAUUUUGAUUUCCAACCGAUCUGUCUUUUAAAAGUUUAAAGCAACAAUA